AUGACAGCAUUGCUAUGGGCUGCCGGUGCUCUUGAUAACGCUCGAAAGCAACUCGUCACCAUUCGUGACACUGACCUUGAAGAUGCAUUCGGUUAUGUUUACUCCGUCUCUGGUCCUGUCGUUGUUGCUGAACACAUGGAUGGAUGUGCCAUGUUUGAGCUUGUGCGUGUUGGUCACUAUGAACUCGUUGGUGAAGUGAUUCGUAUUGACAAUGACAAGGCCACUAUUCAAGUCUACGAGGAAACAUCUGGUUUAACUGUAGGAGAUCCUGUUCUCAAGACUGGAAAACCUCUUUCUGUUGAACUUGGUCCAGGUAUUUGCAAUAGUAUCUUUGAUGGCAUUCAAAGACCUCUCAAGGACAUUCAAGAGCUUUCUCAAAGUAUUUACAUUCCUCGUGGUAUCAAUACCCCGGCACUCGAUAAAACCAUUGCAUGGGACUUUGAACCCAUCAAUUUCAAAGUUGGUGAUCAUGUCACUGGAGGUGAUAUCUAUGCUAUUGUUUAUGAAAAUACUUUGAUCUCCCACAACAUCAUGGUUCCUCCCAAAGGUGCUGGUACCAUUACUUUUAUUGCUCCUAAAGGUCAAUAUACUCUUCAGGAUACUGUUCUCGAAGUCGAGUUUUCUGGUGCAAAAACAUCGUAUACCAUGCUUCAAAUGUGGCCUGUGCGAACACCUCGUCCUGUCACCGACAAACUUGCUGCUGAUUUCCCUUUGCUCACCGGUCAACGUGUUUUGGACGCUCUUUUCCCUUGUGUACAAGGCGGUACUACUGCCAUUCCUGGUGCCUUUGGUUGUGGAAAAACUGUUAUUUCUCAAUCUCUCUCCAAGUACUCCAACUCAAACGUGAUUAUUUACGUUGGAUGCGGUGAGCGUGGUAACGAGAUGGCUGAAGUACUCAUGGACUUUCCUGAACUUUCUAUUGAAAUUGAGGGUCGUAAAGAAUCCAUCAUGAAACGUACAACACUUGUGGCCAACACAUCCAACAUGCCUGUCGCUGCUCGUGAAGCAUCAAUCUAUACUGGCAUUACACUUUCCGAGUACUUCCGUGAUCAGGGCAAGGACGUUGCCAUGAUGGCUGAUUCCACCUCUAGAUGGGCCGAAGCACUUCGUGAAAUUUCUGGUCGUCUUGCUGAAAUGCCUGCUGAUUCUGGCUAUCCUGCCUAUCUUGGUGCUCGUCUUGCUUCCUUUUAUGAACGUGCCGGUAAAGUCGUUUGUCUUGGAAACCCCUCUCGCAAAGGCAGUGUCAGUAUUGUUGGAGCUGUAUCUCCUCCAGGUGGUGACUUUUCUGAUCCCGUCACCCUUGCCACUCUCGGUAUCGUGCAGGUGUUUUGGGGUCUUGAUAAAAAGCUUGCUCAGCGUAAGCACUUUCCCUCUGUUAACUGGUCGCUUAGUUACUCAAAAUAUCUCAAGGCACUUGACCCAUACUACGAAAGCACUGAACCCGACUUCACUUCCUUGCGUACCAAAGCCAAGGAAAUCUUGCAAAACGAAGAAGAUCUUUCCGAGAUCGUACAGCUUGUCGGAAAAUCUGCUUUGGCCGAAUCGGACAAAAUCACUCUUGAAAUUGCCAAGAUUCUCAAAGACGACUAUCUACAGCAAAACGGCUACUCCAACUAUGACCGAUUCUGUCCAUUUUACAAGACGGUUGGUAUGCUGCGCAACAUGAUGUUUUUCUAUGACCAGGCUAUCCACGUUGUCGAGGCUUCUGCUGGCGCCGUUACAUGGGCCAAGAUUCGCGACUCGCUUGGUGAUAUGCUCUACAAGCUUAGCUCAAUGAAAUUUGAAGAUCCUGCCGAUGGUGAAGCAGCCAUAAAGGAGCGUUAUUCCAAACUUGCAAAGGAAAUCGAAGAAAGAUUCCGUAUUCUUUUGGAGUAAAUAGGAUGAGCCUUUUAUAAGUUAAGGGGCUGCAUUUGUCAAGGUUAAAUUUGUUUCCUUUCUUCCAUCUACACUCACCUUGAGCCGUCUAGUUGAAGCGUUUAUAUUACAUUCACUAUUUCACUUGGGUUUUUCUACUUUCCAUUCAUGAACCGAAUAUAAAAUUGCUUUGAAUUUAA